CCCCCACUGUUACAGACGCAGGGAAAAAGAUGGCUGCUUUGUGGCUGCUGCUGUUCGGCGUUGGAGCUUUGUUCUUUUGCUCAAAUGCACAGGAGGCUUACAAUAACCUUCCUGAAACCUACAAGAAAGGAGUGGAUCUGGCUCUGGAGAAGCUUAACUCUCAUCCUGGAAUCCAGCACCAUUUUCUCUUCUUAAGAACUAUCACAAUGUCAAACACUGAGCCUGGGUUUGAUGUGAGCUACAUCUACCACCACUUCUACCUUAAAGCCACCAAGUGCCAAAAAGGAACAGUUGACUCCACAGCGUGUCAGUUUCGAAACGACAGACCGCUGAUAGACUGUGCAGUCUGUUACAAAACAUUUGGAGGAGAAAUUGAACAAGAGCCCAAACCAUAUGUUCACUGUAUCCACAAACCGGCCCUUACAGAGGAGAUGACGGUGGGCAGAGUAGAGCACUGCAACAGAAUGGGUUACAGCAGUGGAGCUCCAACUCUACUGUCAUCCAAAGGGACUAAGUGAAUACUUUGUCUGAAAACAUGUAUGUGGAUCAUUUGAGAGUAUUGUGAUAUCUUUCAGGAUUUACUAGAAGCAGUUAACUACAUUCUUUUGAAUGGGAACCUCACCCCAUUAGUAUUCUCUCUGUGGUGUGCCCUUUUUUAUUACAUUUGAUUGGGAUUUUUGUGUCACAUCUUCAGCAAUCUGUUGUUUACUUCUAUGCCUAUCUGUUAGAUUGUUGACUUGGUCGCAGAAAAUAAUAAUAAAGUUUAAUUUUGUGAACAA